AUGGAGGAUUUCAACAAUGCUCAAUACUGUUUUCAAGACAGAAACACUUCUUGCAGAAAAACUUCAAUAUCAACAUCUAUUUACAUAACACUGUAUAUCUUCUUCUCGUUGAUUUCAGCUUUUACAGUAUUUUUGAAUCUACUAGUGAUCAUCUCCAUCUCUCACUUUAAGCAUCUCCACACUCCAACCAACCUGCUCAUCCUCUCUCUGGCUGUGUCAGAUCUCCUGGUGGGACUCAUUGUGAUACCAGCAAUGACUGUAGCGAUAAUGGAACCAUGCUGGGUCCUUGGGAGAUAUUUCUGUGCAUUACUUCUCUACAUAAAUUUUUUAUGCUGUACCUCAUCUCUAGGUAAUUUAAUAUUGAUAUCGAUUGACCGUUAUGUUGCUGUGUGUGCGCCUUUAUUUUACCACUCAAGAAUAACAAUAAUUUUUGUGGUGGCCAGAUCACAGGCCAGAAAGAUAUUUUUUAAAGGGGCUGCCACUCUUUCUGGUAUUAAAAUUGUACAGGCAAGUAAGUCUGAAAGAAAAGCAGCAAAGACUUUAGGUAUUGUUGUCUUUAACUACCUACUUUGUUGGAACCCAUUUUUGUACAUAUUUUGUAUACUUUUUUCAAGUGGCAAUUUAACAUCAGUUAUCAUUACCUUUCUUCCACUUGUUAAUUCCUUUAUUAAUCCAAUAAUUUAUGCUUUAUUUUAUCCAUGGUUCAAAGUCACAGCAAAACGUAUUUUAACUCUGAAACUGUUGUAG